AGUGGAGAGGAACAUCGGGUUGUGAUCCCUCCCAUCGAUCAAAUACCGCUCAAGGUUUAAUCAAGGUUCUCAGUGAGCUGAAAGAUGUUCAACAGAAACACAUGGAGACUCUGCGGGCACAAACUGAAACACUGAGAGUGAACACGAUCCUGAUGAGGGAGAAGGUGAAGGUUUUCCACCUGGUUGAUCGAUACGCUGAGCUCAUCGUCAUUUCUGCUGUUCGAGAUCGGAGACUGGUUGAACAUGAGCUGCUGGCAAGACGCAGAGACCACGAGCUUUGGAGAGAGAAACAUCUCCACGGAGAGAUGGAAAAAAUCCAGACUGAUCAGUUAUUCCAGAGCAGCUUUUCCCGAAGUAAAUCCAAAUCUGGGAGAUCAACAGCAGUGGCCGGAGUCGCGGGGAUUGGGAAAACAACAAUGGUACAAAAGAUUGUUUAUGACUGGGCCACGGGGAAAAUAUUCCAACAAUUCCGGUUUGUCUUUAGUUUCAAAUUCCGGGAGUUAAACUCCAUUAACUGCAGAACAAACCUGAGGGAACUGAUUCUGGAUCAGUAUCCUUACUUUGGGAAUUUCCUGAGAGAUGUCUGGAAGAACCCACAGGGAUUGUUGUUCAUAUUCGAUGGUUUGGAUGAAUUCAAACACAGAAUCUAUUUUGCAGACAAAUGGAGAGAUACAGAACCUAAGCACCAGUGUCCAGAUCCUGAGUGCUGGUGUGAAGUGUCGGACAUUGUGUACAGUUUAAUCCAGGGCAAGCUGCUCCCAGGGUGUUCGGUGCUGGUGACCACACGCCCCUCUGCGUUACAUUUAUUAGAAAAGGCAGAGAUCAGGGUCUGGGCAGAAAUCCUGGGAUUUGCUGGUGAGCAAUGGAAGGAAUAUUUCAUGAAGCAUUUUGAUGAUCAGACGGUGGCGGCAGCUGUUUUCAAACACGUGAAGGAGAACGAGAUCCUGUAUACCAUGAGCUACAACCCCUCCUACUGCUGGAUCCUCGCACUUGCACUCGGCCCUUUCUUCACACAAAGAGACAGGGACCCACAGCAAAUUCCCAAGACCAUCACCCAACUGUAUUCCUACUAUAUUUACAGCAUCCUGAAAAACCACAGCCGUGAGAUUGAGAACCCCCGUGAUUUGUUACUCAGGGUUGGUCAGAUGGCCUUCAGAGGAGUGUCCGAUAAGAGAACUGUGUUUACAGAUGGAGAUUUGAACAACUACAAUCUGCAGCCAUUCCAGUUUCUGUCUGGGUUCCUGAUGGAGCUUUUGGGGAGAGAGGAUUCUGCCCAGUGCGUGGUGUACACAUUCCCACACCUCACCAUCCAAGAGUUUGCAGCUGCAGUCGCACAAUUCCUGACUAUACAUCCCGAGGAUAUCCUGAAAUUCCUCACUGAAGCCCACAAUACGACAGAUGGGCGAUUUGAGGUAUUUCUCCGUUUUGUUGCUGGUCUCUCCUCCCCAAUGACAGCUCGGGGUCUGGAGGAGUUUCUGGGUCCAUUUCCUCAUGAAACAACCUGCCGGGUGAUGGACUAGGUGAAGG